AUGGAGAGGCUACAAUUGGGGAACCCGGGGAAUUUUGGCUCCCUUCUUACCAAGCUUAAAGCCGCACUCAGGAGGUAUGCGACAGAAGAGUGGAAGCGGGUGCAAGCAAUGCUACGCUACCUGGAGCUAGCAGUCUCCGGUUUGCAGCAGGAGCUGAUGAGGAACCGUCACCGGGACGACCUCCGGACGGUCCUGGCGGAGAAGGAAUCGCAGUUGGCCGUGUAUCUAAAUGACAGGCUGCAUCUGUUGGCAGGGGUGAAGGAAGAGACGAAGGGUGAAAUUGCAUCGAAGGUUCUCUCGGUGAAGGUGAAGUCGAAGAAGUCACGGACAAUGAUCACUGCUCUGUGUUCACAAAGGGUGGAACAGAGGGGAACAAAGGGUCUGCCUUGUUGGAAGCCGGAUCUGCUGAAAACGCUUCAAGAUGAAGAGAAAGUCGGCCUAGAGGCAGAUUGGUCGGAGGAGGGAGUAAAGGAAGCACUGAAAAACAUGGCAUGCGACAAAUCCCCGGGCAGCGACGGGCUGCCGAAGGAGCAUUUCGAGCGCCACUGGGACCUGCUGAGGGGGGAUUUCAUGGGUUUCAUCAAGCAAUUUGAAUCAUCGGCAGUCCUACCGGAGGAAGUGCAGGAGGCGGUGACGAUCCUGUUGCAUAAGAAGGGUCCAAGGGAGCAAGUGCAGAACUAUCGCCUGAUUACCCUGUUGACGAGCUCUUACAAGGUGCUGGGUGCGGUUAUCUCAGACGAGCAGCACGGUUUCAUCCCGGGCAGGCGGUUGUCUGAUGCAGUUUCGCCGAUCGCGGACGUGAUUGAGGCGGCGAAUAACGAUAGGGAGGACUGGUAUCUUCUGAUGAUUGAUUUCCAGAAGGCCUUCGACUCUGUGUCGCGGUCGUUUCUCUUCGAAACGAUGGCGCUGAUGGGUUUUCUGGCUAAGUUCAUCCGUUGA